AUGGCCGCCUACCCUACUAGACCAAAAACACUUUUUCUUCUGCUACUCCUCCUCUUAAUGUGUAUGUGUACAUCAUCAUCAUCAGCAGCAGCAGCAUCACAUGCUGCUGUAAAAGAAGAAGAAUCACCACCAAAGAUAGGGAGGUACGUCAUGAACAAGAUCAACUACGCUGGUGGUGGUUUACAGUCACAAUCACAAUCACCUUUGCGACGAAACCAAAGCGAUGUGCUUGAAAAGGUGGAGAUAAAUUUAGACGACAUAUUUCAUGUUGGUUGGCAGAAUACCCUCAUCUUUUUUUGUGGUUGCUCAAAGAACGGCUCUCAGUCCCAGAUACAAGAACAAGGAAAAGGCCUUGAAUGA